AUGCGCAAUGAACUUGCAACGUCCUGGUAUUUAUAACCUUCUUCAAAUUCAAAUUUGCCUUCAAUUAAUGUUUUGUUACACGAAAGUUUGAAUCUCUCGAUUUGUUGGAGCGGCUCGGAACUCGGAACUCGGAACUCGAAACUACUCGGAAAUUCGAAAUGGGAAGUAGCGAGAUGCAUCAAUCAGUUGAUCGAUCAUCGAUCAGUAUAUUGUGAUCUUCACUUGCUGUUCACGUUGUGUGUGUUGUUCAUCGUUCAUUAUUGCAACAAUGGAAUGUGUAUAAAAUCGAGCAACUGUCAUACUUGAAAGUUCAAGUCACCAUUAUCAUACCUCAGCGGAUAUUAUCACGUGGUAUGCCGUAUACAAUAUUAGACGUUCGAACAAAGACGAGAUAAAGAGAGAAUGUUGUCGACACCAAGAACAAAAGGUGGCCUAUUUUUGGCUUCAUCCCUCUGCGAUGGACUUGAGGACAAUAACAUAAGACAAGUGGCAACGCUUUUGCUAAACAAAGACGCGGAUCCUAAUGUCUUGAUUCCAACUCACGGAGUUACUCCGUUUCAUUUAGUUAUCGGCAAUGAUUCGGAGGAAUUCGCGGAUCAAGUGACUAAGCUGUUCCUACGUCACGGCGGCAAUCCCAAUGUCAGAUCAGCAGACGGGAUGACUCCGGUUCACGUAGCAGCAGCCUGGGGCAGAAUAAACAUACUACGGUUACUUUUGGCGAAUGGCGGUGAUCCGUUGUGCUUGGACAAUGACGGACGCAGUCCGUUUCACUACGCCUUCGAUGGCAAGUACUUUAAAGCUGUGACGAUGCUCGCGAAUCACUGUGAGAAUAUUCAAGACGAGGAUGAUGAACCAAAGUACAAUAUAGUACUUGACAAGGUUUUAGUUGCUAAUGGAGACGUAAUUGCCGAAUAUGUUGCAUCGAGAGAUACGGUGAUAGAUGUAGAUAACGUGACGCGGAAGAGUGUUCUUACCGAUUCUUCCAAUUGUCUUCCAAAGCCAGACUCCUCGAUGAUUGUAGACUCGAGCCGUGUGCCAGAUAUACGUGCUGUUGUUGAAACUAGAUACGAAUCGUCAAAUAAGAUGGAUUUAGAUGGAUGUUCCUUUAGAACUAAUCAUAUGUCGACUGUUCAAAUACAGAAUAAUCUUUUGCAAUCUAAAUCUAAGAAAGGAAUGUCAAAUUACCCGUAUUAUGUUGAUCUCGAUGUUGACUUUGCGAAUCUCCAUCUUUCCGAUGUCAUGCAGAAGGAAAAGUGCCUCGUCAGUCAAAUAAUUAAUCAUCUUUCCUCGUCGUUAACAAGUAACUGCAGUAUUAAUGAGACCUUACACAAUUACAAGAGAAACAAACAAGAGGAAAGCAGUACUGCGACAAGCACGUCCGACACGUCUGUCCAUCUAAAGGGAGAUGCAGAUGCACGGUAUAAAUAUAAAUAUAAAUGUUGUCAAAGAAAAUCAAAGAAUUUUCAAUGUAAAAUAAACAACAACCUUGAAAAGAAAGAUAUCUUGAAACUUGGCACCCCGAGUACAAGAAGACAAUACUCCAAGUAUAACGUACAAAACUCUCCCCAGAGAAAGUGCAAAGAUAUCUCUGGGAAAAUUUCUCAAACGCCAACUCGUAUCCUGGAUAAUUCUAUCAUUAGCAUGUCACCGAACUUUAAUACACCUAGUCAUAGAGAGAGAAGAAACACUCGUAAAACUUCAUCAACACCAUCGAAUAUUUGCAAUGAUUCUAUUGUUAGCAAAUCGCCUAAUUUUAUCCCAGUUUGUAUGAGGAAGAGAAAUCUAACAAAGACGUCAUGCGUGGAUUCCCAGAAAUUAUUCAAGAAAUCUCCCAAAUACGAAACUCAACUGCAAUAUUCUGAAUUUAAUUGGUACAAAAAACGUGUCGCUCAAUCAACACCAAGAAGAAAGAAACGAUCGAUAUACAAGUUUCACUCCGGCAGAAAAAGAUUGGAUCCUUAUCGCCAUCGGUAUGAAAGCGACGUCACUUCUGAUGAAUUUAUUUCGAAUAAUAGUAAUAAUAUAUUAAAGCCAGUUGAUUUGAAUAAAACAAUCUUUUUCGAGACAGCUGAAGAUACAACUCGCUAUGACAUUCUAGAUACGAGUACCGCGCGCGAACGUCCGUUAUCAAAUUUUAAAAAACAUUCGAAAAUAAAACGACAAAAUCAAUAUAAUAACCAUUUGGCAAUAAAGUUGGAUGAAGGAAGAUAUGACGAGAAUGACGUAACAGACAAUAACAGUGAUGUAAAUCUUUUCGACGCAAAUAGCAGUUUUUUUAAUCAAAUUGCGAAAGAGAACGAACCUGUUAACAAUUUUAGCAAUAAUAAGAAAUAUGUUAAGUAUGAAGAUAAUGAAGUAAACGCAGGAUUUAUAACAGUCAGAAAAAAUAUAUUUAAUAUUGACAAAACACUGGAAAAAUCAGUGGACAUUAAUAAUACGAAAUCUGCAUAUACAAUUGAGUCUGAUUCGUUGCGUAAGGAAAACUUUGUAGAUUGUGUCGAUUGUGAUACUAAGAGAUUAUUAAAUGAAGAUUUAAAUAUGAAUAUAAGCAAGACUUGUAAUUUACAUGCAAAAAAUUCGUACAGUGAUAGAUUUCACGUAUCUCCGUUACGUAAAUCGCCUGUGGAAAAUGAUUCACUGCCCGCUACGAAUUUACCUACAUCUAUACCUAUACCUGUACGAUGUAAGAAACAAAUUUAUUUACCGGAUUCCCAAAUAUCAUGUUCCUCGACAAGUACCGAUUCCAAGAAGACAGGUUUACUGAAAGCAAAAGACUUGGAUAUGUAUAAAGCUGAAGAUAACUCGUCUCUGCUUUCAUAUAUCAGCACUCAAGAAUACAAAUAUGAAGAUCCAGAAGAAGGUGUCGUUUUAUUAGAACGGCGACUUUGCGUUACACCAUUUAGUACUUCCGAUAGAAGUGAAUGUGAUGUCAGAAGUAAAAUGGCCAUGUCUGGUGCUGCAAGUACAUCCAUUUCUCAUCCAAGUUUACCAGAAGAAAUACUAUUUAUCGAUGACGUUGCUCUUAGACGAGAGCUUAGACAGCUUGGCGAUCAACCUGGCCCAAUCACUAAUACGACUAGGCAGCUUUAUCAAAAACGACUUUUGCGUUUAAAAAAUAUCAAGGAUGCUAAUCCUGCUUCAUUCGUGCCAAAUCUGCAGAAUGCUCCAAGAAAUCAGACCUCAAGGCUAAGCAACGAAAUCAGACCUUAUUUAGAAUUUGGAGAUUGGUUAAAUCACCUGGAUACUUACAAAAGUCUGGAGAAGCAAGUAUUUCAAGAAUUUGCAUCGCCAGAUCCGUCUCGAAGAUGGCGCGAAGGCACAUCGAAAACAUCUUUCACCUACUUGCUAUUAGAUUCGCGUAUAACGCAGGAUCUACCAAAUCGCAGUGUUUACCUUACACAAUCAGAAGUUUGGUCAAUUUUUCUUGGUGCUAUAUUUUACAUUGGUAAAGGCAAACGUUCCAGGCCUUUCGCUCAUCUCUAUGACGCUUUCAAGACAUGGGUGGAUGGAUCGAUCAGUACGAAUAGAAAAAUCAACUGCAUUCUCGAUGUGUGGAACAGCGAUCACGGGGUGAUCUGUUUGCAUGUUUUUCAAAAUAUUAUCCCAGUAGAGGCUUAUACGAGAGAGGCCGCCAUGAUAGAUGCAAUAGGAAAGGAACAUUUAGGAAACUCCAAAGGUGGAGAGUACUACGGCAUUGCGGCAACGUGGAGCAUGCAAGAAAAACAGAAAUUUGGUAGAUACUUAUUGUACAAAGCUUUACAAAUUUUUAUGCAGGAGGGAGAGCGUCAGCUCUUCCCUUACCAUUUGUAAUGCAACCGAAGCAAGAUGGAUGUAAUAUAAA